CCGGCACUGUAUUUAAAAAGUGUUUCACCCAUGUCCAGCGUUUCACAGGGAGGCAGCUGCAGGCCUUGGGAAACCGUUCGGCCCAACUGCUGCAUAGAUCUGGUUGGGGUUUUCCAGCUGGGACUAUGCGGAAGUUUAGUCAAGCUUCCAAACUAACAAAUUUGCAAUAGAACAAACUAACCAUUUUUUAGGGGAGGCGGCGGGGGAGAUCCAAUUCUGUUUUUCCAUAUAAGUUUGGAGCUGUUUUUUCCCCUCUUUUGUAUCCUUGAAGCCUGAGCCAAAUCCAGUUACGAAUCUCGGAGCACGGACAGCAUAGAGCCAGGAAUGGAUCCCUCCGUGAGUAGCUGUAUGCGAAGUCCCCGUCCCACUACCCCACUCUGGGGGUGCCUGCGGAAUGCCCAUUCGGAGCUCAGCACAGCAGCGCAUCAUUACCCACAAGCACCAUUCUCAUUCCAUCAAAAACCAGACUUUGCUGCAUAUUCCGAUUUCUCAGCCUCUUGUUUGGCCACUGCCCCCCACAGCUUCCCCCGAGAGGAACGCAUGUUCGCAGAGCAGCAUGCUUCUUUCCAGCAUUCUGAAUGGCACUUUGCAGCAUCUGAGGCCAGAAGGCGGCUAAAUCCAGGACUGGCCUUGGCUUCUGGGGAGCUAGAAAGCAGCAGCCCAAACCUAGUGGCUGCUGCAGGGGGCGUGAAUGAAGAUUAUGGGGUACCAGGAAACACUACAAAUGAAACUGAGAAAAAGUCAUCCAAAAGGAAAAAGGAAACCUCAGAAAACCAGGAUUCCAGUAGGAAGCCAGAAGCCAGCAGCAAAGCACGGAAGGAGAGGACAGCUUUCACCAAGGAGCAGCUGCGGGAAUUAGAAGCUGAAUUUGCUCACCAUAAUUACUUGACAAGGCUCAGGAGAUAUGAGAUAGCUGUGAAUCUGGACCUCACUGAGAGACAGGUUAAAGUGUGGUUUCAAAACCGAAGGAUGAAGUGGAAACGUGUGAAGGGUGGGCAGCCAGUGUCCCCUCAUGAGCAUGACACAGAAGAUAUGGACUCUGCUGCCUCUCCGAGCUCUGAAUAGCUCCUCACCAGUAGUAACGCACUGACAAAUGCAGGAAGGGUUGUCAGUCAAAGAACUGACGCCACACAGUUUAGCAGCAGCUGCAUCAUUAACAGGUGCCCCUCCCUGUUCAAAUCAUCUCAUCCUCCUGUGACUCUGGAAGUGGUGAGCCUUAACAUGCCUUGGGGACUGUAAAGGGCACACAAGAAAGUCCAGAGAAGGGUCUGAAUAAACUCUCACCACUGCCAUCUUGGCAGUGCCAGUAUUUCUUCAAAAUAAUAACUAAGCCCACUGACUAUGAAACAAAUAAAGCUGACUAGAGCUGGAUUUCUAAGAACCAAUACUGGUCUUCAAGUCCUCAAAAGACGCAGUUUAGAGGCACCAGUUUAGGGUUCAGUCGGGCAGUAAUGUAGCUCCCCAACAUAUAACCUUAUCCAGCAUCUCUCUUUGGUCACUGCUAUUUGUCAAACUUGAGUAUUCCACAGAAGUGCUUUCUUCGUACAUCACUCCACAAGUAACGAACAUUCUGGUAUCUACUGAUGUUUCUUCUGUCAUCCAAACUGAAAAUAUAAAUGGUUAUAAGCAAGUCUGGGGGGCAGUGGGAAUGUCAAACAAAAGUGUGUCCCCAAAUUCUAUAUAGGCCUCUGGCCAUUGGUUUUGGAAGGGAUCAUUCUCACAAGGACAAGGGCUCCAAUUAGAGCUGAGAUGGCAGGCACCUUGCUGAUACACCUGUGUGAAUGAGAUACUGGAGAUUUGCUUAAUUAAUCUUAGUGUAACUGCUGAAAUCAGAACAUUAAAUCUCACAGGGAAUAUUUUCAUAACCACCGCCACCAAGUAUCAAACGAAACGUAAUGAGGUCAUGAAUCAUCACUGUUCUGCCCUGGACACUGAAAUAUAGCUGGUUAUAUCUUCUGAAAGAACUCUGCUCCUUUCUGAUGUGUUUGUCACACUUGUUUCUGGAAUGCCUCUGGGUAUUACCUGCUGUUUCCUUUGUUACAACUCAGGACUAUCUGGGUGAGCAGAAAACAGUGUCCUUUGAAAUGAUUAGUUGAAUUUAUCAGUCUUAAGUUCUCGUUUCUUUUUCUAUUGGGAUCAAAACUUUCUUCCAAUAGGCAUGCAGGUAUGUUUAUGUGAAUUAUGUCUGAAUAUACAUGUCCAUAAUGUUAUAUGGAUAAAUAUUUACUGUAGAUGCACUCAGGGCUGGAUUAACUCUCCUGUGGGCCCAGGGCUAUUAGAUUUUGUGGGGCCCCUGUAUACAUGUCUUUUCCCUAAUUUAAAACAAAAUGAUCACAAUUAUGGCAUAGAGGCUAUUAAGUCUAUACUAAACUUGCCUUUUAAUCAACAUAAAGCCAUUCUGUGGUAAUAUUUCAGUCUUAAAACAUGCAGAAUAUAGUUAAGUUAAUUCAAAAUAGCCUACUUCUUACCUUAGAACAGCUGUUAUAUUAGUUUAUUUCUGGGAGGGAGUUUGGGUGCAGGAGGGGGCUGGGGUGAGGUGGUGACCUGGGCCAGGGGUGACCUGGGGCAGGGGUGAGGUGCAGCCUCUGGCUGGGAGGCACUUACCACAGGUGGCUCCCAGCCGGUGGCGCAGCAGGGCUCAGGCCCACUCCAUUCCCAGAAGCAGCCAGCUGCUGGUACGUCUCUGCACGCUCCUGGGGGGUGGGGGACAGCGUGUCUCUGUGCGCUGCCCAUGCCUGCAAGCACCACCCCCACUAUGAGGAUGGUGGUGGGGGCAGGAGCAGCAUGCGGAGCCGCUGCCGCCUCUCUUCCCCCUCUCCCCCUCGUCAGGGGCCGCAGAGACGUGCCAGUAGCCGGCCGCUUCCAGGAGCAGCGUGGGGCCACAGCAGGCAGGCAGCCUGCCUGAGCCCUGCUGUGGCUGGGGCCCCCUUUAGCCCAGUGCCCUGGGCUUCAGCCCCUAAAGCCCCUGCGUUAAUCCAGCCCUGCAUGCACUCCUAAUCAAUAUUCAAGAUCACCAAAUUAGUAAUUAAUCAUCUAACGAACUUAGUCCUUUUUUUCUGUUUCCAAACUUUCCACAGGCAGACAAAUUUUUGUGAAUGUAUUCACUGUUUGCAAUUGUUUGAACAGUUUAUGCAAACAAAUUUUAGCCUAUGGAUGGUUUGCAAACUAUUUGCUUUCAUUGUUUAUGCUGUGUGAUUGGUUGCCUAUGCUGCAUGGUAUUGUUUCUGCUUCCUGAUUAGAUGACAAAACUUUUUAAAACAAAGGAGCCUAGCAAACCACAAGUGAAGAAAAGGAAACACGUAAUAAUCAAUUAUCUUGUUUGUGCACAUCCUCUUCAGCAUGUGAAUCCAGGUGUUAGUAGGAAGAACAGCCAUUCCCCAAACAUCCAUGUGAGUAAAAACAUGUUCAUACAAAUGUUCAUGGAUAUUGAAUUAAAAGGGGCACAAACACAGGCAAACUGACCAGCUGUCUGGAACUCAAAUGAAGGUGCAUGAAGAUUAUUUUGCAGUAUUCAGCCAGCUCUAUUAUCCACCCCAUGAUAUCACAGAGUCUGAGCCAGCCCCAAAGUGACAGGAAGUGAGUAACAGCCCAGCUUCCAUUUAGGCAUUACAAGAAGUAGCUCCAUUUUGAAGAGAGCUCAGCAUGGUGGGUACACAUUGGCUGCCAAACUCCAUUAAAAAUCUGGCCACUCAUUUAGGUGCUUAAAAUAGGAGAUGAGCAAGAAAUGGACCCUUAGUGACCUUUACUGAUCUCAGAUCUGCACUGGAGCACUAGUAGCCAGCUGAUUUUAUGAGAUGUGUCUGAGGACAGGAUCCAGCCAAAACAAUCCAUAAACCAUGCGGCAAUUUGAUAUCAGUGGAGUUUGUUUAACCUCAUUUUAACCAGCAAACACCAGAUUCGGAGGGAAGCACAGGACUGCCACCCUCAUGCACAAUGGUCAUGUAUCAUGACAUAGUCCAUCUAGCGUGCUCUGGGCUUCCCAGGAGCUUUGAAGAAGGUGCAGUCUCUGGAGGAUUGCUGCAGCACUACCCACUUUGCAAGGCCUCCUGGUACAAAGAGAGAGAGUCCUGAAGAAACACAGUUAGGACCUAAUUCACUUGAGUUAUAAAAUAUCUGAUGCAAGCGUUUUGUGCAAACAUGCUGCAAAAGUACCAAUAUGAUUCUAAGCCAGAAACACACUGAAAUGAUAUCACAGUGCUAUCAUUCCAUCUAGAACUGUCUGGAGGUGUUUCUCAGUGGUUUGGGUACCUCCUAAUUUAAGACAGUUCUUUGCCAAGUUGCCAACAGGGUACUUUACCUAUAAAAUGCCCUGAAUGUUGACACCCCGUUCCCCCCUUUUAUAGUGUAACUAAUCCUGUUACAGUUGCCAAUAAAUUGCUCUGAUUUUGUCUCAAGAUAUUUAAAUGCCCUGAACACCCCCAGCUGUCCCAACAAUGCCACCUGAAAUUGGCCCCUUUUCACCAAAGUUUGGAGUAUAUCAAAUUAUAAAUAGUUUUAGAAAAAAAUAUGGUGUCUAUUCCUUUUGUUUAAUGUAUUCUAAUGUAAUGUUUCCAUAUUGUAACAGAAUCUCUCUCUUUCUUAGAAUUAUAUAUGAAAUGUUGAGUUUUUAAAGGACUGAAAUUCAUGUUUAAACAUUUGAAGGUAACAUCUAUUUGCUAUCAGAUUGUGUCAUGCUAUUUGCACAUACCUGCAAGCCAGUAUCAUACUGUUUGUAUUUUGAUGUUACUCUGAUGCACUGAUAAUGACAGACCCUAAAUGUUCUAGCAAACUCCAGUCUCUGUUCUUUAUUCCCAAUGUAUAAGCUUUGCAGAAAUGGUUGGAAGCCCAGUUUCAUAUCUGAAUUGUCAGUUAAAAAAAUUAUAGCCAUGUUACACUUUGCAAAAGAUGUCCAAAAAAAUAAAUACAAAAGUUAAAGUUACCAAGAGUCUGGGAUCCUUUUCCAGAGCUGAGAAUUAUUGUGUGUACUGAGCAAAAUCAUCUAUUCAGAUCCUUUUCUUUUAACAUCUCCAACC